AUGCAAAAAAACAAAAGAGGGAGACCAAAAAAAUAAUAACAAAAAUAAUAAAAUGGAAGUGCAACCGACCGAUCAGUCUCUAUUAGAGAUAGUAAAUAGCAAGAUCGUUAAUGUACCACACCUUAGUAUGACAAGAUUAUGGCCUAAAUCAAAGAAACUUAUGCUUCCUUAAACGAUGCCAACCUCCAAAAGUAGUAAUCUUUAGAUCCACAAAAAAAGAAUAACAAAAAUGACAAAGCUAAUAAAAAAAUGAAAAGAACAUUGAGAUAAAACAAAAAAUCAUUCACCCAAGAUGAGAAUGUUAAAGUUGAAUCUUAAGAUUUUUAAGAACAUUUAGAUCAAAUAAAAUCUAAGUUCAACCAAAUUUUUAAGAACUUUGUUGAGAAUGUUAAAGGAGAGAUCAUUAAGACUGAGUAGGAACUACUCAAAAUAUCGCAUCUUAAAUGA